AUGGAUGAAAACGCUCAAGAGCCGCCCUCACCAAAGAAGAAAUUAGAACGGCCUUCGAUGGAUAUGACAUGUUUACAAAUUACCCAAAAAUGUGUUCAUUUGGCAGCAGGUAACACAGCAAAGAUGACUAACAACACACUGCCAUGGCUCUGCGUAUGCCUCUGCAUAGCACUAGCAGCAGCUCAAUCGAACUACGCCGAUCAAGCCAACAACAUCGCCUACCAAGGAGAAGGCCUUCCCGAACAAGGCAUUCUCGAUGGAAAAGUCACCAAGCUCGACGACCUCAGCCCCGUCAUCUUCCUCAAUAGAACCAAGGCCGCCUUGAACUGCGCAGCUGGUUCCAUGCAGAUAGAGCUCAAGUUCAACGAUAAAUUCUAUGGAAUAGCAUACGCGCAGUUCGAUAGGAAUUCGGCUUGUAGGGUCUACGGAAAAGGAGCUUUGAGCUACAAGUUGGAGUUACCUUUGAAAGGGUGUGGAACAAAACAGGGACCCCAACGUGUUUUUACCAACAACAUAGUGGUCAGAUUCAACCCCCACUUCGAAAUUGAUGGUGACGAAGUUAUAACCAUCGUGUGCAGACCUGAGGCUCCUGCAUCGCCCAUAGUAGCUGCACCGUUGAAAGGAUUCCAAAUCCUGCUGAUUAUCUGCGGUAUCCUCUUCUUAUCUUUACUUUUACUAGGAUUAGGAUGCUCGUACUACUGUUUAAGAAGAAGACCGUUAACGGUCAUCCGACAACCGUUCUCUACUCUGGGAAGUGGAUCGGAAAUUACCAAAAUAUCCAGAAGUUCUUUAGGAAGCCUUCCCAUAAUGGAAGGUGUAAAAAUUCCUCGAGCCAAUGUCUUACCAUAUACAGCAGCAGCAAGCAGUGCUGGAAGCGAAGGUCCUCUCAUGAGUGACAAUCUACCCUCAGACUACCCAUCAGAGUCCCAUUCGGAAAUAGACGUAGACACCGGAUCACUGCCAGUAUCGUCUGCGGGAAGCUACGAUAACCAAGCCUACAUACAAGAUAACAGUAGCGUGUACAGCGAAGGGUACGGGCAUACCGUUGAGCAGCAUGUCCAGAACGCGGUGGCUACCGCUGCUAUGGUACCAAGGUUGCCGCUGGCUGUAAAGGAGCAGCCCAAGUUCGAUGUUCAAGUCAAGGUUAAGAAAAGUCCUCCACCACCGCCUAGUAUAUCGCUGUCUGACACUGAGAGUACUAGGACUGAUAGGAAUUUGUCUACUAUUCUAGAGCAGCAAGAAAGUAUUAGAUCAUUGGAUUCACCUCUGGUACAUGAGAGAAAUCAAUUCACUUACGUACCAGAGCUUCAUCCCCCACCAAAACACAUUCAACCCGCUCCCACUUAUAACAAAAUCCUUCGAAGGCAAAUGGAGAUGCAAGAGGAACGAUAUGUUGCUCCAACUCCUCCACCACCUCCUCCAAUAAUACCAAAACGAGAACGACUGACAGAGGACGUACCAGAUACCUUCGAACCACCAAUAGCUAUAGUACACAAACCAGAGAUAACCUCCCACAUGGUUGACGAUGUUUUCUUAAAGACCAUCACCGAAAAGAAGACAAUAGAGGACAUAGAACGCCAUCGUCGAUUGGUCACCGAGUACCACACCAGAGCCAAACCGGUGGAUGACCAGAAAUGGAACGUUACCAUCAGAAACUACCCAGUUGAUAUGGCAGAGCCCCCAGAAUGGGAAAACUUCUCUGACAUAUCGUCAGCUUCAGGCUUGACUCUCACUCCAAAACCAAGAAGAGCUACCAUGAGUUUACCACCACAAAACCUGAUAUAUACAACUACAUCAGAAGUGCACACAAGAGACGAAAGCUACUUAUCGAUGUUCAACAUACCACCAGAAAAUCCCGAAGUUCCCAACUGGAACGUUCUUAUCCGAGUCUUCCAACCAACCGAGCAAGAAGAAGGUCCAGUUAUCGAUAGUGCAGAAACGUUUAAUUCCCAACUGACGACAGCAGAUAAAAUGAAAUGGCGACAAAUCAUCACGACAGAAUCAACCUUAAGAACCUUGUUGACGGAAUGUGUGAUAAGAGAAGAUUACGAAAGAGUUAGGAGUGAUACGAGAUACACUAAUCUUUUCGAGCAGCCUAAAUGGGAUGUUAUUAUCAGGAUUCUUGCGCCACCUGAUAGACAACCAAAAAGCAGGAAAUGGGACAACAGGAGUCGCCGCAGCAGCUUGCCAACACUCUACGAAUACGACUCCGAUGGAGAGAGCUCCGUUCGCACUCUCACCCGAGAGCCUCUGGUCCUGCCACAACGAUCGAGGAAAAACUCCAGAUCAAGCUACAGAAGCGAAGCCGAUUUGAGAUCUAUGUCUGAGAUGACAGUGGACUUCGGAAGGCAGGAUAACUUUUCCGAAACGUCCAGCUACUAUCCCGACAAGAGAUACUACGAAGAUUCCGAACAUGGACACCCUUCGCUGGCUAGAUCGCUGAGCCAACCAAGAACUCCUAAAUCCCAACGCAGCUCCCGAUUCCAGCCUCCGCGAGGCACAGGCGAGCAACGAGCAGUCUGGCAGACGAGCCAAGCGAGUACCACGACCGGACCUCGCGGUACCAGUCAAGUAGUAACUCAAGAAUUCAGAAGUCAAGCGUCUUCUAGUUACGUCGGUCGUAGUCAGCCUCCGAAAGGCUGGUUCGGUGAUAACGAUAGCGAAGCUAGCUACAAAUAAAUCGAAUAUCUACAAAGGCGGCUUGUGAAUGCCUGUAGGUCUAUUUAAAAAGCAGUUACACUGCCUAAAGUACUCAGAUAUUCCUAAUUAUGUGCUAAUAUUAAAAGAAAAGCUGCCCUUUUAUAUUUAGAAGAAUUUUCUUGUUAUUUUGUAUAUUUUCUCUAAAUUUUAAACUCAUAUUAUUAUAUUAAUAGAAUCUGUAGGUUUGCAUUAUGUAAAAGAACAAUGUUCAGUUCAACAAUUUGGACUAAGUAUCAAAGAGACUGUUCAGAGACAUGGAACGAAAUUUUCAACUAUCCGAAGUUGCCAAAUUAGACCUUUUCCCCAAAUAUUUGCUCAACAGAUUAAUAUUGUUUAUACUUACAUAAUGCAAACGUUUUAUCCGUGAAAACAAAAUCUCAAUUCAAAUAAUAUUAGUAACAAGCUGUGAUAACAAUGUAAGGUGUGUUUUUGAUUCGAUUUUUUAUUCGAAGGGGCCUACCUGGUUUUCCACUUUUUCAAGCACAAAUAAUGUUUUCUUAAUUGAAGAACUGUAGAACUGGGUAUUGGGCAAUGUGUCUCAUUGAGUUUUGUAAAAUGCUUACCAUAUAAAGUAGGAAGGUGUUUCACUUAAUUAUCUUUACACAACUUGCAAAAUCAGUUGUAGGCUUUAUACCAUUAUCAGAAAAAAUUAUGUUAACAUAAAUGAUGACAACACAUGAAAAUUAAACCUUAUUCAGAUUUAUGCGCCAACCGCCGAUAAAACAGAGGAAGAAAUUGAAAAAUUUUACGAUGACUUUUAAAAAUCCCUACAUAAUACAACAUCUAGAGAUAUAACAGUAGCCAUGGAUGAUUUUAACGCCAAAGUCAGAGAAGAAAGAUGUGAAUCUACUGUAGGACCAUAUGGACUCGGUGUUCGAAAUGAGAGAGGAGAAUGCCUUAUAGAAGUCUGCCUAGAACAUAAUCUUGAUGUAAUGAAUACUUUCUUUAAACUGCCUAAACGACGCCUGUACACUUGGAAAUCUCCAGCUGAUAAGAUCGAUAAAAUCGUUAGAAACCAAAUUGACUAUAUUUUAAUAAGCCACAGAUACCGAAACGCAAUACAAUCGGUAAAAAGUAUACCCAGGUGCAGACGUGGCAUCAGAUGACAAUUCUCUUCCAACUUCACUUAAAAAAGAUACAAAAGUGAUAAAGCAAACAAACAAUAAUUAAAAUUAGAAGACGUCAAAGAAAAACUAAAACAAGAAAUUAAUGCAAACCUAGAAUCCACACCAGAAUCAAUUGGUGGUGAUGUAGAACAACAGUGACAAUUAUUUAAAAAUGCAAUUAUCGAACCAAGUCGCAGAGAACUCACAACAACCAGAUGUAAGAAAAGAGAUUGGAUGAAAGAGGAAAUCUUGAAAAUGAUGGAGGACAAAAGAAGGCAAAAGAAUAUCAACCUAACUUAGUAUCAACAGCUGGAUAAUAAAAUAAGAAGGAAAGUAAGGGACGCUAAAGAGACUUAUUUUUCUGGAAAAUGCCAAGAAAUAGAAGAAUUACAAAACAAAUAUGAUAAUUUUAAUCUCCAUAAGAAAGAUAAAGAAUUAGCUGGGGUAGCAGCAAAGCAAAAAACGUUAAGCAUAGUAUUGGACAAACAAAGAAACAUUUUAGUGAAGAUGGAACAAAAAUUAGUAAGACAGAAAGAAUAUAUAGAGGAAUUAUUCCAUGACCAGAGGCAGGAAAAGAUAUAUAAAGAUAAUCAGAGUAAAGACGAGGGACCCGAAAUAACAAAGUCAGAAUUAUACAUGCAGUAAAGUCCAUUAAAAAUAAUAAAGCUGCUAGUCCAGAUGAAAUACCAAGUGAAUUGCUAAAAUUGGUCAAUGAAAAAAACAUAGAUCUUUUGGUCCAACUACUGAACACAAUCUAUUCCACAGGAAUAUCAUCUAUGGAAUGGAGUGGGCUAAAGAAAGGCAAAAGAUACAAUAUCUUGAGACUCAUAAUUCAAGGAAAAAUAGAGGUUAGGAGAAGCGUAGAAAGAAGAUGCGUUUUCUGGUUAAAGAACAUGAGAGACUGGUUUGGUAGCUCAAGGCAAUUGUUCAGAGCAGCUGCUCGAAGGUCAGAAUAGCCAUGAUGAUUGCCAACCUUCGUCGCGGAGAUGAGACUUAAAGAAAAAGAAGAAUUGAGAACGGAUUGACUGAUCAAAUGGAAUAAUAAACAGCGCAUUUUAAACACAAACAAGCUGGUAAACAAUGUUUUAAUUAAAAGCCUGGAAUCAAAAAUUCUUUCUCGGCUAGCUCAGUCUAUAGACAUGAUAGCAUGAAACUUUUAAUCUUAGAGUCAUCAGUUUGUGCCCCACGUUGGGCGCCUAGUCAACGAAUUGUUGUUUAUAGAUUACCCAAUAAGAUCCGACGCUGAUUUCAGCCUACAAAUGGGUGUUUUGUUGAUUAUAAAAUAAAUAUUUUCCCAUAAUAUAUUUUUUACUUCAAAUUUAUUCAUCUAUAUGUUUUUAAAAUAGAUAAAGAUCGUAGAAAAGCAUCACUUUAGACAAAAACAUUUAAUACAUGCUCAAAUUAAUUAAUUUGGUACUGGAAAUAGAUGAAGGUUUUAAAACGAUAUAUCUGGAAGAAAAAAAUCUAAGAAAGGAAUCAUUAAAACGAUCUCCAAACUUUUGGUUAUACUUGGAUUCUGAGAAGCCUAUAACCGAAACAAAUGUGUUCAUGAUGACCAAAUGUAUCUAAUACAUUAAAGUGAAAUAUCUUCUUCAAAAAUUGCUUAAAAAACCGAGACACACUGUCCCUGUUUUAACGUAUAUUUUAAUAAAACCACAAAAAUAUCUUUCACAUUUUUGUAACUGUGAAAUUCGUUUUUGUCCAAUCUAAUGUGCUCAAUUUUCUAAUCGGUGAUGGUUGGGGCCUAUUUUUCCGCGUUUUACUAAACCUUUCGCUAUUUUUUUAUACCUGAGUUACUGGAAAACUACACCAGCAAUGUAAGAUAAUCCGUAAUGGUGCUAAUUAAUUUUAAAUUUUAUGUAAACAACAUAUGUAAGCUUUUAUAAAAAGAAAAUAAAUAUUUUAUAAU